AUGGCUACCUACAUGUGGGAAACGCAAAUCUACCCCAGCGAAAUGUUCGUCGAGUCUUGCGGGGCAAUCUUAUUCGACCUCUCGGGACGAUCGAGAAAGGUCUGCCUACUCCACCUGGUGAAAAAGGACCACUGGGUGCUUCCAAAAGGCCGGCGCAAUUGCAACGAGACGCGACAGGAUGCGGCCGUACGAGAGGUGCGAGAGGAGAGUGGUUACGCAUGUCGACUUCGGCCAGUCACUAUGCCAACGCGCGCGCCCUCGGAUCUGGAGGCAGCUGAUGUGCAGGACUUGGCUAGGACGUAUCAUGGACUUACAGAACCCUUCUUUUUGGAGGUCAGGGAUCUGGGCAAGGAGAGCGGCGUCAAGCUGGUAUGGUGGUUCAUCGCCGAGGUCGACAAGAGCAUACCGCCAGCCAAGUCCGAGAUACACUUUAUUCCCGAAUUCAUUGACUACGAGGAGGCUAUGCAUGUUCUCACUUUCCAGAAAGACCGAGAUAUGCUGAGCAGGGCAAUCAACUUGGUCGAAGCCGCAGGAUGGAGUGGUUUCCAGCAAUGGGCUUGA